GAAAAAGAGAGAGGCUAUGUGAUGAAUGGCGACAAGCCGAAUCAACAUUCCCUAUUUGUUGGUGGCAAUUUGAGGUCCCCUCGGACGCCAUAAGUGGAAUUUUGUGAGUUUUCUUUUGAUCUGGUGUGGAAUAUUAUUGCUUAGGAUGUUAAUUGAUUAUUAAGGAGUUACUAUGAGCUCAUUAGCAAAACCCCUAGCAGCAACGUCUCAGAGUCCUCCUGCUGGCAAUCAAGUAAAUAAAACAAUGCAUCCCCAAGGAACAACUGCUUCCUAUAAUCAACCGAGUCAUGUUCCACAAAGUUUAGGCAACAUUCAUGCCAACCCCACUGCGGCUCAUAACCACCAAAAUCAGCCGCACCAUUACUCUUUAAAUGUUCCCAAUACUUACAGUCAGAGUAUGGGACAAAUUCCAGCUAGCAAUCAUCCGAUUGCCAAUCCCAGUGCUACUGCUGCUGGCCAGGGCUACAGUCUACAAAAAACUGUAAGCAGUUUUACAGCUAAUUAUCAGACAAACAUCUCCCAUCAGCAGCAAAAUAUGUUUGCUUCCAUAAACCAGUCUGUAACAACCACACAGCAGCAUGUAUCAGUUCCACCCCAAAAUGCUUUACCUGGAGCAGAAAAAUCACAAUCCAAUGGCACAUCUGAAGCUAAAUCCCCAACAAAAACAGAGACCCAAGAUAAUUUUCCUACUAAAGAAAAAGUUGUUCAACCACCAGUACUAUCACAGAACACACAAAGCAGCCCAGAAAAGGCGUCUUUGCCCAAACCGGCAGAAGUACCAGCGGAAGCAAAACCGGCGGCAGUAGCCCCAUCUAGUCCCAAACCGUCACCAGUAUCUCAGACAAGCCAAUCUUCAGUCACUGUAAAUGUUACGCCUACACCAGACGCUGAUAAAGAGAAGGCCCAAGAGCUGGAACAGGCCACAAAGAUAUCUGACAAUGGAACAGAUGAGAGUGACGACAAGGAAGCUAUUGAGUCUGAGCCUGAAGAUUCCAAAAAGAGUGAAGAGAGUGUUAAAGAACCAAGCGAAGAAUCAAAAUCUGUCGAGAGAAGUCCUUCAGAGAGUAAAACUAAAUCAGAACAGAGUCCUCAAAAGGAAUCGAUUCAGACGAAACAAUCGACUCCUGCUUCAAGUAGCUCGACCACAACAGCCCUGAAAGCUGUAAGAAAUGCCAAAGCGCAGGCCAAGCAGGAGGACGCUGCCAAAGCGGCCAAAGAACCGAAAACUCCGGUCCAAAAGUCGCCGGGCAUCAGCAAGGCUAAAAGACAGAGGAUCAGGACGCAGCACUACCAGAGCCCAUUGCCUGAGGUGGAGCUGGUCUCGAAAAUCAGCGCUUCCACGCCCAAGAGUAACGACGAACGACUCAUCGUAUUUUAUAGAAAUGAGUUUUUGGCAGUAAGAAACUCGGAAGGGAGUUUUUAUUUGUGCCAGGCUAUACAAAAUAUUUACAAGAGCUCCACGAAAAUUAAGAUUCGUUGGUUGAACUUGGAGAAAACCGAGAAAGGCGGUGAAAUAUACACUCCUGAUUUUUACGACCUAACUGAUUUUGACUGUAUACUGACUAACCUGAGCCUGAGUAAAGUGGACAAAGGCAGAUUCAAGUUGCCCACAUCGGAAAAGGAGAGGACGCAAAGCAUUCUCAAUAGAUCGCUGGCAGUGGAAAAAGGCGAAGUAACUUCGCCAUCUUUGACAGAAGAGCAUCCUGAUGGCUUGGAUUUGUCCCUAUACCGAGACGAAGAUCAACUAAAGAAACGCAAGGCCAGAAAGAGGAAAGCCAGCCAAAAACCGGCGAAAUCACCCGGUAGAAAGCCUAUCCCGACAAAGAAGAGCCCGGAAAAUGCGAAAGCCAAGAAAGUGGUCGAAAAGACGGAAAAACCGCCGAAAAAGGCGGCCGUCGUGAAGAAAGCGGUGUCGGCUCCAGCGAAAAAAGCGGCCGCUCAGCCGGAACCUAAGAAACCAGUACCUUCCAGCAGCAGGUCGACGACUAGGAGUAAACCGAAAAGCAACGCUAAAACCACUUCUGUGGUCGAUCAGAAAAAAGCGAAAGUAUUAGCGAAAAUCGGCAAGAAGGCCGCCGUAGCCAAACCGGCUCAGAGCGACAACAAAAAUGCAAAGUCGGGAGCCGCCAAGGCGAGCGGCACCGCUCCCCGCAAAACCUCCUCCGUAAAAGCCGCCGCCCCCCAAAAGGCGGCGCAACCCCUCCGUACCCCCAAAAGGUCCUCACGAAAAUAAUACGGCUCGCUAGCUAGCGCGCGUCACUAAACUUACGUUGUUUGUUAGGCUAAGUUAUAUAGCAUAUUAUUUCACCCUGUAUAUUUUUUUAAUUAUCGUAAUAAAAUUAGUCGGUAAGGAUGUUAACCAUACACGGGGCGAGACACUGUACGAUUUGGAAAGCUCCAUUUUUUCUUUCCAUAUAUUAUGUCACCCUGUAUAUAGGUAACGUCGAUAUUAAUAAUUCUUCAGUCGGGCUACGUUGCACGCUUUUAUGAUCUACCUAAAAUAUAGAAAUUAUUUUUUAUUGUUUAAAAAUUAAUCAGUAUUUCUUAUUGUUUAGUACAUUUCACAAAAAAAAUAUAUUUUCAGCGAUCCUCACAACGUUACGUCAUUAUUAUUUAUCAAAUAUGCGUUUUAGGGCGUGUCUUCGAUAAGUUCAUAGUACCACAGAUUAGGUAUCCUAUAAGUAUACAGAUAAAAAUCUUGUCCCUAAUUCGUGGUACGAAAAUUGUUUUUUAUGGCGAUGAGCAAACGAGUAAAUUUUCUUGUGCGCAAAAAUAAACUCCCGUUUAAACAGCGUAAUAAUUGGGCCGGUCAGGCGAUGUGCAUAAUUUUAAAAACCAUAAGUGGGCGUGCUUGUGCGCAAACUAGUAACCUAACUAGUGCGCGACUCCGAAAAUUGGAACCACGGACAACAAUGCUUUUAACGAUAAGUUUAUAAUCUGUUUAAUCUGUGAUAGUACUUGUACUGUAACUUUAAGUACGUUCGGAAAUUAUUAAUUGAGUGUGUUCCGUUUUUAUUCAAUUCAUGUAGGUAUGUCAGACAUUCAUUUGGAUUUUCUUUCAAUUUAUCUAAAUCGUACCUAUUUUAGAAAUAAACUUAUUCAGAGUAAAAUACACCUAACUUUGAUACUCUAGAGGUUGAAGAUGUCUGAUAUAAUUAAAUUUGCUCGUGCUUAAAAAUGCCUAUUUUCAAAGUCUCAGGAACACGCCGUAUUAUUAUUUAAAAAGGCAGUUAAUUUGUGUUUGCAUAAGACUACACACGUUUUCAUUGUACUUACUUCAUAUACGGCAUCCACGGCCAAAAGUAUUUUACCAAUGGGCACGUUCAGAGAACACAGCCGCUAACUUCUGACAUCUCGCGUGUUAAAUAUUAUUUAAAAAAAUAUUACAAUGGCUGAUUAUGUUUUUAAUGAAAAAUGAUAAAUUAUUCUACAUACAGUUGACUGCCACGCUAAUGGAUUUAAAUAAUUAAUCCCUAAAAUGGAUUUAAAGACCGCUGACUGAAGCUUAGAUAUUUACCGCUGAAAAUUUUGUUCGUUGGCAUUUAUAAUAUGAAUUUCAAAUUAAAAAUCGUUUGACAGCCCAAUUAAAUUUUAAUUUUGACAUUGAUCGAUGUCCGUCAAUAAAAUUAUAGACUCAAAUUAAAUGACGACAAAUGCCGUAAUUACGUCACGAAUCUCUUUCAUCUGGUUGUCAAGCGAAGGAGAGAGUUCGACUAUAUAUGACGUAACGUUGAAAGAUCGCUGAACAAACAAUACGUAUACUAUUACUAUUUUAUAGACUGUUUUAUCCUCUCUGGUAGUGUUCGAUAUUAGAUAUUUGUUAUAACACUUAAAAGCGUGCAAAAUAGGUGUCCAUUAACAGAUGCAAUGUUUAUAGCUUACAUAUUAAGUGUAUAUCAUGAUAAUAUUGGUUCUAAUUUAUUAAGUGUUUAAAAGAAGAGGAAAGAAAAAAUGCAAAUAUUAUCUACUCAUUAUCAACAUGACGUUUAAAAAAAAACCUGUUAAACUAAAGCUCAACUAACUGCUGUUAAGAGGCACAUAAUUUAUUUUGGCCAAUAAAAAACUAAGGGGUGGAAAAAAGAUUAAAUUUAAACAAAUAGUUUAAGGGGUUUCCCACUAAAGUAUUUAUUAAAUUGCUAUGUAUUACUUGUAGUUUGAAGUUUUGUAUUUUUUAUGUAUGUAAUAUAUAUUAAGUCUAACUUUGAUGCUUUUAUUAUACUAGUGGAAAUGUAUUCGUCAUAAAAUGGUGUUUAUUUGAUAUUUUAUGUUUAUUAAAUCUGCACAUUUUUCGUCUUUUUUAUCUAUAUGAAUGUUACGUGCAAUUAGAUAUAUUUUUUUUAGUUUUUAAAUUGUAAUUAUAAUUAAUUAUCAAAUGAAGUAAAAUUCAGAUAUUUUCUUGACAAAAUAUCAGGCAUUGAUGUAUUAGGCCUAAAGGAAGUUUGUAGAUUAUAGUUUUUGUGCGUUUCUCACAAUUUUGGACUAGUUUUUCAUGUGGGAAAAUAAUUAAAACCAAUUGUCAUGAAUAUGUUUGUACAGUAUAGCCCUAUUUUAAGAGAAUACAUAUAAGAAAAUCUAAAUAAAUAAGUGUAUCCCCAAAAAUCAGAAAAUAUAUAAAAUGCUGAAUUUCCUAAAUCACCGUCUGAUAAAUAAGAUUUGUUGUUUCUUUAGAGAGAAGAAUAAAUAAAAGCGACCAAAUCGAUAAAGGAAAAUUAUUGUACAAGCACACGUUUUUUCUUUGUAACCCUUUAUUGUCUGUAGGUCCUAGAUGUCUGUUUUGUGUUUAAAUUUAUAAGAUUUAAAAAAAAUGAACUUAGUAAUUAAGGAUUAAUUCCAGAAUGUGAGUGUAGUCUUGUGGAUUUUUUGUUUUGCGAUCUGAGAAGUUCAAACUCAAAUAUAUAAUUUAUAACGUACAUAGUUUUUUGAAUAAAAUAAUUAAGAGUA